AGCUGGAGAAGGAACGAAACCGAGGCAUUGGGAAACCGCUGCUGGGUGGACCCUUCUCACUCGUCAGCCACGAGGGACAGCCCAAGACCAACCAGGACUACGUGGGCCAGUGGGUGCUGAUCUACUUUGGCUUCACGCACUGCCCUGACGUCUGCCCUGAUGAACUGGAGAAAAUGAUCCAAGUGGUGGAUGAAAUCGAUGGAAUUCCAUCUUUGCCCAAUCUGACUCCGCUCUUCAUCACCAUCGAUCCCGAGAGGGACAACGAAGAAGCCAUUGCCAGAUACGUUAAAGAAUUUUCUCCAAAGUUGGUCGGAUUGACUGGUACGAAAGCACAGAUUGACCAAGUGGCCAAAGCUUACCGCGUGUAUUACAGCGAAGGUCCCAAGGAUGAAGACAGUGACUACAUUGUGGAUCACACGAUAAUAAUGUACCUCCUCGGGCCAGAUGGUGACUUCGUGGACUAUUAUGGCCAGAAUAAGAGGAGCGCUGAGAUUUCUGCUUCUAUUGCUGCACACAUGAGAAAGUACAGAUCCUAA